GAACCACCACAGUUUACAAAAGCAUUGCCCGGUGAUAUUGGCGAAGUGGAGGAAGGCGAGCCGUUGCAUUUGGAAUGCCAGAUUGUGCCAGUCAGUGAUAAUACGCUGCAGAUUUAUUGGCUCAAAGAUGGCAAACCCAUUCCAACAGGACACCGAUUCCGCACUUUUCAUGAUUUUGGCUUCGUAUCGCUAGAUAUUUUGGACGUUUAUGCCGAAGACUCAGGCACGUACACCUGUGUCGCGAAAAACGCUCUUGGACAAGCGGAAUCAACGAUCACUUUCACGUGCAGAGCCAAGGAACGAAUUCUUGGCCAAACACAACAUCCAAGCAGCGUUGCGCGAAUCCAAGAAAUAGAAGCACCAAAAGCGGCUCCUGAAGAGAUUCCGGAUGCGGCAAAAGAAGCACCGCGAUUUAUCAAACAUAUCGGAACUGGUGAAAUGAUGUAUGUUACUGAAGGCGACAGUGUUUAUCUGGAAGCACGAGUUUCGCCGGCUGAUGACAACUCGCUAACCUACGAAUGGUUGCUAAAUGGUAAACCAUUGAUGAAAGCUCAUCGUUUCGUUCUCAGCCAUGAUUUUGGAUUUAUAGCCCUCAAUAUUUUGUAUAUGUAUCCAGAAGAUAGCGGUACUUACACGCUUGUUAUAAAAAAUGCCGCUGGUGAAGCCCAGUCUGUAGCCGAUAUCGAUUGCGCCGCCAAGGGUAGCAUGAUAACUGAAUCGUUCCAUCCCAAUUCAGUCCAACGUAUUCGUGAGCUUGAAAUGCCACUGCAACCACCAGAUGAGCGACCAGAAGCUCCCAGAAUGGCACCGCAAAUCGUACGACCUUUGCCACCGCAGCUGGAUAGUAUUCACGAAAGUCAAACACUGCAUUUGGAGGCCCAGAUCCUGCCGGUCGACGAUAAUCAGCUUAAGGUUGAAUGGCUUCAUAAUGGUUAUCCAUUGAAAGCUGGUAGCCGAUAUCGCUUAAUGAACGAUUUUGGUUUUGUUUCACUGGACAUUGACUAUGUGAUUCCAGAAGAUACUGGGACAUAUACGCUGGUUGUUACAAAUCCAGAAGGUUGUUGA